UCUUGGGUUCAAUUCAGCAGGACUUUGGUAGACCCCGGCCCCGUUCCCAUUUACUCACGCUGUUUUUCCCCCUCUUAAUUACACAGACACUACUACCACUGCUCGCAUAUAUUCUGUUCUUCCAUUCACUCUGGGGAAGUGGGACCAUAUCCAGAGCCAGGAGUUUAUCCAGAACAUUAUAAAAUUACUGCUCGCUGCAUUACUUGAGUGAAUUACAACACUCUUUUUCCUCUUCAAUAUAGCAACCUGUUUGCAUAGACGAAUCCAUAUAAGUAGUUGAGCUAUCCAGAGGCUAGUGACGGCUGGGUCAAAAGGUCAUCGUUGUCGACGUCGUCGUCGUGGUACUGCUGCAUGUCGGAUGGUGGUCAAGUGAUAGUUUUGGUGGACAAAGGUCUUUUUCGUGUGACAUUAUUGGGGUCCUUCAUACCAGUACAAGGACUUCAACCUCAUCUCAUAUCAUUAUUCAGCCAGAGAGAAGGAGCCAGCCUGAGCAGAGACGAGAAUCCACGAGUUGGUGCCUGUAUGUAUAUGCAGUGCAGUGCCCUUGGUACUUUUUGUGCUCACAGAAUAGGAGAGAAGACGAAGAAGAAGGGGGUCUCGCCCACAAACAAACUUGUCGUUUUCCUUGCUGCUGAGUCAUAUUACGGUGGGGAGUAGUGGAUGCACACGUCGCCACCACCAGAACCAAGGUCAACAGUUUUCUAUCCCCACGAGCAACAGCAGAGGAGCCAUUAUUAUUAUUACUUCUUGGCUGCCCCUUCUUGCCUCCACGCCUAUCUUUCCUCUCGCUCUCUGCUGGGACUCGUCCAAAAACGCUCUUCCCCUCGCAACCCAAAAAUUACCACGGGGAUCUGGGAGGAGGUACAUAGCUUGGUGCGUAGUCGUCCUCCUCAUUCUACUCGUCGGGUAUCGACCCACGACACCGAAUCGAUUUUCACUCCAUUUCCCCAGUGGAAAUUGUACUGCUUCUACUCAUCCAUCCAUCCAUCGCACGACACGACCACCCAGUCCACCCACACAAAUAAUACUUGAAAGCUGAAAAAAUGCCUUUGGGAGAAGAAGAAGAAGGAAGAGGAGGGCACGCUUUCGGGGGAUUAGUGAGAUUGAAGGAGGAAUUAGAACGAGGGUCAGAUGAAGAAAAUGAGGUAGCUGCUGUAAAUGACAUUGAUGAUGAUGAUGACGAACCCACAGUAUUUCCAUGUAACGUUUGCUCCGCCACCUUCGUCACCCGCAUGAGCCUUAUCCGUCACAUGAUCCUGCAUGAGGAUGACAGUCAAGGCAACAAUGAUAAUCAGCAGCAACUCGCAGAAUCAACGCUCCCUCCCACAUCAUCCUCAUCAGCAGUGGUCACCACCACCAAUCGCCACCACAUUCCAAGCCAUAACUUGUUGGAGGCCAUUUUGAAAAACGGGUCGCAAUCAUUCUUGCCACUGUUAAAUGGUUCGUCUAACAGCAGCAACAGCAACUUUAAUAAUAACAAUGGUGGACAGAAUAUGAACAGAGUUUUGAAUGGAAAAAGAAGUCAUUCUGAAAGACCAAUUCCAAACCUGAAGCCAUUGCCUUCUCUAAUACAAAUCAAUAACAAGCCCACUCAGCAGCAACAGGAAAAGAAUUUCCAGUGUCAACUUUGCGGAGUUUGGUUUUGGAAAAAGGAAGAUUUAUCUCGUCAUGUUACCAGAACGCAUGGGAGUGCCAAGUUUACAUGUCCGUACUGCCACAGAAAUAUAAGCAGGCGUGACCAUCUGAAGCGUCACAUCAAAAAUGUGCACCCCGAAUUUUGCACUGCAACGGAAGUGGGGCCCUUUGUUAAUCAGGGAGCCGGACGACCACCAAAGCAACCUCGUGAGAUGCUUGGGACAAUUGACGAUCUUCUUUCCCCUCUUGCUCCUCCUCCUGAAAGAAAGAAACCAAGGCGGAAUAGUACUGACUCCAAGUUCAGUAUCAAUGAAAUUCCGACAUUGCAAAGUUUGCAAGCAGACAUUGGCAAUCAAAUUCGAAUGAUUAAUUCAUCCAAAAUUGAGCCGAGCUCUACCUCUGAUGAUGAAGAUAACGAUUAUGAAGAGGAUGAGAUAAACCCGGAGACAAAAUUUUCGUUUGACAAUAAUAAUCUCGAUUACAAUACCCACGAGGCUGAUGGAGAGGAGCUCUUUGAAGAGGACGAAAACGAAGAGUUUUGCAACAAGGAAAUGCAAGACAUCAUUAAACCUGAAGUUCAUAGUUAUAUGGAAGAGGAUUAUGGAGAAGAAGAAGAAGACGAAGAACAAAAUUACGAUGAUGAUGAUGGUGAUGUUGAUGAUGACCUCAACGAUAUGUCUGGGAUGGCAUCAGGAGGAAUGAUGUCAGACGAAUAUGGAAAUCAUAUCAACUCGGAAAAUGAAAAUACUACAGAAGAAAACGGGGAUGGAGCAUUUGAAUUGGAAGUGCAACGCACAAUUGGGGGACCAUCGGAACGGAAGUUCAAAUGUGAAUUGUGCGAUGCAGCUUUUAUGAGCAAAAUUAAUAUGCAAAGGCACAUGUCCACGCACAGUGUUGCUCGUCCUCACAAAUGCAGCGUUUGUGGGAAAGGAUUUCUUCGUAAAGAACAUUUGACAAAACACCUCUCCUCCGUCCAUUCUGGGCUCAAAUAUAGGUGUCAAUUUUGUCGAAAAGACAUUUCGAGAAAGGACCACUUAUUGAGACACAUUCGCAAUUGCCAUCCCACAGAAUUUAUGGGGAUGUCGCUCGAUAUGAUUGAUUCUGAACCCCAAAUUUCUCAAGUCCCAGCGGUGACCUUAAGUGAUAAUCCUAACAUGCGAGUUGCGGCUUUGUCCUGCGACAUGUGCAGCGAAAUAUUCAAUCAUAUUGACGAAUUAAUGGAGCAUCAGAGUGAUGCCCAUUCAGACAUAAGAAAAUUCAAAUGUGAUUUAUGCCCAAAAUCUUUCAAACGAAAGGAACAUCUAGUUAAGCACAUGACCACGCAUGCCCCUCCUGUUGCCAAAACCUACAGCUGCUCGGAAUGUAGCACAGUUUUCCCAAGUUUGGAAAUUGCUCAUGCUCACCUGCGCCAGGCCCAUCAUCAUCCCACCAAGAAAAGUACAAAUCAGAAAAAGACUAGCAGUAACAGCAACGGCUUUGCUGGUAGCAGUGCUGCUGGCGGUCAGACAUCUCUUCCCUGCAACUUGUGCGACAACACGUUCCAACAAAGGGCACAUUUACUUCAACAUUUGAAAGCCUAUCAUGGCGUCAGCAACCCAGAAAGGCGAUUCACUGAUGCUGCAUUUCCCACUCCAGGCACCACUGCUAAUUCUAAUCCUAUCGAUGAAAUGAUGACCCCACCAUCAGCAACUCCCCGACAAAUGGUCACAAACAACCACAACAAAUUCAAACAAUUUCCACUUUCAGGAUCCUUACUUCACAAAUCGUUUGGAAAACCACAAAUUCGGUCCCUCAUUGGAUUUCAGAAUACAAUGCAAUGCAAAAAUGACGAGGGCAGUUUGGAAAGUCUCAUGGGACUGAUUAACCGUGGGAGCAUUUCUCUGUCGUUAAGUAAAGUUGAAAAGUAGAUAAUUGAUGAAUACUCUUAUUGUACCAAAACUCGAGCUACCUACUUAUGUCUAGAUUCUUACUUGUUUAUUCUUGGAGGACAAUCAAUUUUGUAAAAUUUGAAUGUUUCGUAUGGGUGUGUACAUGCCCAACCGUUACAUUUUGUAUAAUGAACAUGUUAACUUAACUUGGUAUGAUAAAAUGAAAUGCGUAUUAGAAUGCAGUGUAAUUGCAUGUAUGAAAUAUGUAAUUUGCAAAAGUACAUAAAAAUGUCCAAACAAUCGCUAAAUGUGUAA